ACCUAGUUGCGAAUUGUUGCUUACGGAUUUCUUAUCGUGCGGAAUAUAAACUUAGCAUUUUUCUAAUUUAAUCAAUUAUAAGUAUGGAGGAUGACGCGUGGCUGGACCUCGUGGGCAUCAGCGCCGAUCCGCCCAACAGACGCAACAAGUGCGAGAAAUGCAAACGACCCGUGGUUGUUUGCUGGUGCCCGGCUUUACCGCAUCCACCUGAGGCGGUGUCCUCACAGAUUGUUAUACUGCAACACCCUGCAGAGGAGAAGAGAUCGCUACGCACUGCACUGAUGCUGCAGUUGGGUUUGGAACCGGGAAAAUGUGUCGUCUACAAAGGCAAGCGGUUUCCAAACCAUAGAAACCAUGCUGAUCUGCAGAGGAUUUUGGACUCUCCACAAACACUGCUUCUGUAUCCCAGUCGGGACUCGGUCCCACUGGAAGAGGUGGACCACAGUGCGGGUCCUUAUACACUGGUGCUCAUCGAUGGUACCUGGCCUCAGGCUAAAGCCAUUUACGCUAGCAGUCCGGCUCUACACCGCCUGCGACAGGUGAAACUCAUCGCCGUGGGUAUAAGUGACUACAUCAUCCGUACACAGCCUACUGAAGGAUGCCUUAGCACACUAGAGACCGCUGCGCAAUGCCUGGCAGUGCUGGAAUCUCGGCCAGAGCUGAGGCAAACGCUCGUGCGACCGCUGCACACGCUGUGCAAGUACCAACUAGACAACGGAGCCGUGGAGCACCAGUCCAAGGAGUUUCUAUUGAAGAACAACCAGUACCCCAAGCCCAUUGGCAAGCGGCUCAGCCGUCUGCUUAGAAACACCGCCUGCGAUGGCAAUGAGGAAACGUGAUAGCCGGGGCAGAAAAUACCAAAUAACUUGCAGGUGCCUGUGCUUUAUAGCCAAUUUUGUGUUCCGGUCGUAGCCGUAUUUGAUUUAGUGACGCUAACAUUAUAAUUUUCUACUGAUAAGUCCGAGAUGUGACCUUUGAUGUUAUUCAUACAGUGGGUUUGUUUCUAGCAUCCGUGAGGGCUCUAGUAAACACGCACUUGACGAUGGCAUAGCCCCGCAUGCAAGCAUUCGUCUCGUCCUCUGAGGAUUACACAUUAAAGAUUUCGUUUGUAAUUAAAAAGUUCUGCCUAGAACACUCACUGCCUUCAGCUUCGCAGGCCUCAACGGAAUCGCCAGUGGCUGGCCAAACAUAUUUGCGCACCAGAUCCGUAUUUAACUUAUAGUCCGUCAUCAAACCGGACUUUUCGAAAAAGCAGUGAAAAUAGCACUGCAAGUAAUCUUUGAGUAUCGGGAGGCGAAGGAUCUGCAAAGCACACCUACCAUGCUGGUUACCUUAUCCUUGUCAUCUGGCAAAUCCCCAGUGUUAUUAAACUGCAAGACAUUGGCUGAAAGAGGCGAUAAAUGUAGUCAUAUAUUGCCUUCGUUAACCUUUGCACUCACUCAUCGACGUUAUGAAACUAGCAUUGCAGUUACGAUUAACCUCGUCAAAAUCUACGUAGUCAGCCUCUCUAGGAGCUGAAGUGGUGGUGGAUAUGUCAUCCACAUCGCCAUCGAAACUAUCAUAGUUUAUGAUGAAAAUAUCACCAUUAUCCUUGGCGUGAUCCUGUAGAGCCCUGGCACAAUUCGGGCUCAAGAUCAGAAAAGCAAUGACAGCACAAGCUCUAACUAACGCGGAAUACAUCUUGAACAAACAAAGUGCUGGAUGGGAUUCUGUGACUGACCUUUUAUAGAUCACAUUCUCAUGCAUUGAAUAGAUUUCAUUGUGCCAUGCACAGUUACAAUAAUUUGACAUAUUAUUUCCGGAAAUUGAGUACCAAUAAAGUAUACUUUUAAUGAACUUCACACAAAAGAAUCUAGCUUUUCAGUGAUUGUUCAAUUAUAGAUAAUUUCUCACU